AUGUCAACAUUGCAGCCACUUCAGCACUUGACCCCCGUGCCUCUUGAGCCCACUUUGUCUUCCAAAGCUGCAGCCCCGAUCUCCUUCCUGGAGACAAUUGACCGCAUUGAGAUCAACCAUACCAUCGUUCGCCAUGACGUCGUCUACUACGCUGUCGACGUCUUCUUGCUGCAUCACACGUCGCGCAUCCCGACGCAUAACACGCCCACGGCCAACGCCUCGAGGCCUGACUACCAAGUGCUGCACCGUUUCUCCCAGUUCGCUGAUCUGCGCUACCAAGCUUGGAUCUACGCACAACGCAAGCACGAGGACGGGCACAUCUGCAAGUAUUGCAGCAAGUACAUGCAUUUCAUCCUGUACUCGCUGUCCCAGCCGAGUAUGUACGUCAAGCUGGUCACUAGUGUCGAGCGCCGAAAGAAGGUGCUCAAGAAAUUCUGCAACGCCUUCGUGGACAUGGCGCGAAGCAGCAAGAUGGAGCCGCACUCACGAGAGGCCAUGUGUGACAGCUGCCAGGCCAUCCCGCAUCUUGUCGAAAGCUUCCUCCGCGGAUAA